GAUAAUGUUAAAUAUAAAGAGCAAGUCAACAGUAUGGUGGCUGAAUUUCUUAUAUCUAAUUCACAACCAUUUUCUGUUUUAGAAAAUCUAGCAUUCAAAAAACUUUUAAAAAAACUUAAUCCAUAUUAUGAAAUACCUUGUGACAAAGGUAUUAAAGCUCAAAUUUGUAUAUCUUAUAAUUGGAUGUUGGUCACUCUUCAAGAUAUAUUAAAGAAUUCAAUAAAUUAUUGUAAGUUAACAAUAGACUUAUAG